AUGGCCCGGAGGCUGUCUUCCCGCCUUUCCGUAUUUCCAUCUCUUUUCAGCGUCACAAAAACUCAACAGCAAAACGGAUUCUUACCUUUCAGAUCGCUAUCUCUUGCUGAUAUCACGUCGCAAGAUUCCCUAUUUAUUGGCUGCUAUUAUCUCAUAUCACAAGCAUCACGUUCUUAUGCCCGUGAUAGGCGUUCAAGUUAUGAUCUAUUUGGCGGUAAAAUUCCAGGAGCUAAGGAGUUUAGAAGAGAGUGGGCAAAACAAAUGGAUGAUGAAGAGGAUCAUCUUUGGACGGGAAGUGAAGACGAGAGUGAUACCGAGAGAAACAGUCAUAGUGAGCUUAAAAAAGAAAUUAAGAAAGCAAAGCAGCGGGCUAAAGAUCGCUCUGAUCGCAUUGAUGCUGAUGAUAGUGAUGAGUUGAAUAGCGUGUGGUCAGAUAGCGAUGAAGAGAAGACACUGUGGACUGGAGAUGAGGAAGAUGAUGACGAUGAUAUUCCUACAGAACCUGUCCCAAAUGAGAGGAGUGAUGAAUAUAUAGAUAAAUUGUUUGAGUUUGAGGAAAAACCAAAAUAUCGAACACUCGCUGAAGCAUUGAAAGAUGAGCAGGAGCCUGAAGAAUUGUCCCCUGGAAAACAGGCUCGAAAACUUGCAGUUGAGAACGCCCUCAAGAAAUUAAAGAAAGGGCCAGAUGGGCGGUACAUUAAUGUGUGGGAAGUCAUGAGUGAUUUGGACAUUCUCAUUGGAGCUUUCGAGAAUAUUGUCUCGGGACCAGAAUACGAGGAGCUUAGGCAAGGUGGGCCGAAGAAAUUGAACAUUCAGUUUUUUAAGGAUAUUCAAGCUCAUUUGCCAACAAUUAAGAAAUGGCAGAAGACCCAGUCGAGACGUAGGAAAGCACAGAAGCGAUGA